AUGGGCUUCCCAACUGCACCUAAGCCCAAGACCCUCCUGGGCUUGCAUCGCAUCCUGUCUCCCUCUGCUGGAGUCAAGGUAUCGCCCAUUUGUCUCGGUGGCAUAAGCAUCGGCAACGAAUGGAGGUUCUACACUGGCAAGAAUGAAGAACCUUUCAAGCUCCUAGAUGCCUUCUACGAUAUGGGAGGAAACUUUAUCGACACCGCCAGCAACUAUAACAACCAAACGUCGGAAACACUCAUCGGCCAGUGGAUGGAGGAGCGCGGUGUCAGAGAUCAGAUGGUCAUUGCCACCAAGUACACUGCCGGCUAUCGUGCCUUUAGCGAGGACCCAGAGCCCCUGCAGACAAACUUUACCGGUAACUCUGCCAAGAGCAUGCACGUUUCGGUCCGUGAUAGUCUGAAGAAGCUGAGGACCGACUAUAUCGACCUUUUGUACGUCCACUGGUGGGACUAUGCAACUCCUGUGGAAGAGGUUAUGAGGGGCCUUCAUGUCCUUGUUAUGCAAGGAAAGGUACUCUACCUCGGAAUUAGCAACACCCCUGCUUGGAUUGUUGUCAAGGCCAACGCCUACGCAAAACAACAUGGCCUGACCCCCUUCUCUGUCUACCAGGGCAACUGGAACGCAGCCUUCCGCGACAUGGAGGGUGAUGUUAUCCCCAUGUGCGAGGAUCAAGACAUGGCGAUUGUGUCUUAUGGGUCAUUGGGCACUGGCGCGUUGCUUACAGUUCAGCAGCGAAAGGAGAGGGAAGCCGACCCAGAUGCACCGAUGGGAUCUGUGUCUGAUAUUGCCCUCAAGACCAGUGAGGUCUUGGAAAAGAUUGCUGACCGAAAGGGAACGACGCUGCAAGCUAUUGCCCUGGCAUAUUUGUUCCACCAGUCCACAUUUGUGUUCCCCAUCGUCGGAGUCAACACUGUUGAACACAUCAAGGCUAUGCCUGAUGCCUUGAAGGUCAAGCUUUCAAAGGAGGAAAUCGACGACAUCCACGCAGCUUCUCCUUACAGCCCUGGAUAUCCAAUGACCUUUACCCAAUAUAUGCAGCCGGUCAAGUACGAUCUUUCUUGGACACCUGCAGAUAACCAGCAGUACCAAAUGUCUGCUUGGAUUGACGCCCCUCCUAAGCGCCUGGUAGGUCUUUGA